GACACACACACACACACACACACCUGAUUCACAGCCUGAGCUGCUAUUACCUGCAUGAAGAACAGAAGUUUUAGCUGAAGAUCAUGAGUUUACCGGACUAUAAAUCGCCUGGAAAACAGUCCUCAGCACCUGUGCAGUCGAAAUCCCAAGUUGUGCAGCUGAACAUUGGAGGUCAUGUCUUCAGCACAACGCUGGGAACCAUCCGUAAAUUCCCAAACUCCACACUGGCGGACCUGUUUAAUGGAUCAACCAAACGGAUGGACUCUGAGGGCCGUCACUUCAUAGACCGCGAUGGGACUUAUUUCAGGUACAUCCUUGAGUACCUCAGAACGGAGAAACCUCCUACUGAACACCUGCAGGAGGUGCAUAAGGAGGCGCUUUACUAUGACAUCAAACCUCUUGUCAAAGCCAUCGAGGAGACGCCGCAGUUCUUCGGAGAGGCAGUCGGGAGACAGCAGUUCUUGGCCCAUGUGCCGAAUUAUCGAGAAAACCUGGAGGUGAUUGUGCGGGUGGCCAGAGCCGAGGCCAUUGCCUCACGCUACUCCAACAUAAUCGUGUGUGUUUUGAGGACAGAAGAUGAUUUAGCCAGACACAACGAUGCUAUUGACAGUCUCGGCACCCCGAGAGAGUCUGUGGUGAGCUUUGGUCCGUGGAAAGCUCCCGCGUCAGUGGAAGAUCUGUUAGAUUGCGUCAAAAUGGACAUAGAGGCCAAAGGAUAUAAAGUAAAGAUCCAACCACACAGCAUAGACAAAGGGUUUCUCUUUAAAAGCUAUGAUUUCUUCUAUAAAUUGAUUUUCACUUGGUGGUGAAGAAUUUCAGGUCCAAGCUCAUGACCUGGAAAUAGGCAUUUAAAAAGUGAAGGAAUGAUUUAUAUAUUAUAUAAUCAGCUUAUCAAACAAAUUCGACAUUAACAGCUUCUGUUCCUUUAGCAGACCCACCUUUCGACAGCUGUCAAUCAUGUGCAACGGUGUUCUUAUCUGUCAGUAUCUGUUAAACCCUUGUUUAAUAUUGACUCAUACAAUCCUGGCUUUUGGCUUAAAAUAGCUUCUGCACGGAUGUGUCUUUAUUAGGAAUGUAUGUUUGAGUUUUUAUCAGCAGCAUUUGUGGCAUGCUUUGUGGCAAUGCAAGUUGUGUGUACAGAAAUGGACUUAACAUAAUUUAGGUAAAUGCAUAGUUUUAGACGCUGCAGCCUUUAAUUUGCUUUUAAUUUAACCAUAAACCCUUCAAAUCAGCUUUAGGUCUUAAGGAAUGCUUUUGGCUUGUUCAUUUGUCAACAUCUGAGAAUUGUACAAUUUGAUGCAUUUUUUUUUUUUAUGCAUGCAACUUUUAUGUAUUUGGUUGAUGCUUUUAUCCAAAGCAACUUGCAUUGUAUUUAAGGUAUAUUUUAUCAUGCUUUCCCAAUGCAUUAUAUAAGAAUGUGAAAACAGGUCCACUUCAUAUACCAACAUUAUAAUCUCCCUAAUUUGUGCUAUGUGUAAAUAAUAUAUCUAUUUUCACUUUGUACAGCAUGUGUUUAUGAUGGGUUUUUUUUUUUGUUUUUUUUUGCUGCCAAGACACUUGAUGAACCCUUUGCUCAUGCAGAUCAUUAACGGUGCAAAAUAAUAUUAAGAAAGAGUGAUGUGCCAUUUCCAGCAGAAUUGCUGUUGUAGUAUCGUAUUACUUCAUAUAUGUUUAAAGAACCAGGA